CGGAUCGGUCAUCGCUGCGUGCGUCUAUAUAAGCCAACGGGCGUGCGGCCAGACGGUCCAUCGGCCACAUUGCAAACAAGUUCACCCGAAGCGCACGGCAGAGGCAGUCACUUGCAUAAGUUCGUCGAGAGAUAGUAAUCUUGUUCCGGUGUUCGUCACCGAUCGAUCGAUAUCUGCUGUCGCGACAGGCCGGCGACUAGCAAUCGUUGUGCCGUAAGGUUGCCGCAAUGGCCGAGGCAGGAACUGAGCAGCAGAAGGCGCCGCAGCUGCAGAGGCCGCCGCCGCCGCCGUCGUCAACAACAACAACGACGUCGUCAAGCGGCAUGCCGGACUUCAAGCAGUCCGUGAAGCUGAAGUACGUGAAGCUGGGGUACCACCACCUGAUCACCCACGGCGCGUACCUGCUGCUCGUCCCGCUGCCCGGACUUGUGGCGGCGCACCUCUCCACUUUCACGCUGCUGGACCUCGCCGACCUGUGGCAGAGCCUGCAGUACAACCUCGUGUCCGUGCUCGUCUGCUCCACCCUUCUCGUCAUCGUCUCCACCGCCUACAUCCUCACGCGGCUGCGGCCCGUGUACCUGGUGGACUUCGCGUGCUACAAGCCGGACGACGAGCGCAAGUGCAGCCGCGCGCGGUUCAUGAACUGCACCGAGUCACUGGGCACGUUCACGCCGGAGAACAUCGAGUUCCAGCGCAAGAUCAUCGAGCGGUCGGGCCUCGGCGAGGACACGUACCUCCCGGAGGCCGUGCUCAACAUCCCACCCAACCCGUCCAUGGCCAACGCGAGGAAGGAGGCGGAGAUGGUCAUGUUCGGCGCGCUGGACGAACUGUUCGCCAAGACGGGCGUCAAGCCCAAGGACAUCGGCAUCCUGGUGGUGAACUGCAGCCUGUUCAACCCGACGCCGUCGUUGUCCGCCAUGGUCGUCAACCACUACAAGCUCAGGGGCAACAUCGUGAGCUACAACCUGGGGGGCAUGGGCUGCAGCGCGGGGCUCAUCUCCAUCGACCUCGCCAAGGACCUGCUCCAGGUGUACCCCAACACGUAUGCCGUGGUGAUCAGCAUGGAGAACAUCACGCUCAACUGGUACUUCGGCAACGACCGGUCCAUGCUCGUGUCCAACUGCCUGUUCCGCAUGGGCGGCGCGGCGAUCCUGCUGUCGAACCGCGGCUCGGCGAGGCGCCAGUCCAAGUACCAGCUGGUGCACACGGUGCGCACGCACAAGGGUGCCGACGACCGGAGCUUCGGCUGCGUGACGCAGCGGGAGGACGCCGACGGCAAGGUGGGCGUGUCGCUGUCCAAGGACCUGAUGGCAGUGGCCGGGGAGGCGCUCAAGACCAACAUCACGACGCUGGGGCCGCUGGUGCUGCCCAUGUCGGAGCAGCUGCUCUUCUUCGCGACGCUCAUCGCACGCAAGGUCUUCAAGCGGAAGGUGAAGCCGUACAUCCCGGACUUCAAGCUGGCGUUCGAGCACUUCUGCAUCCACGCGGGCGGGCGCGCGGUGCUGGACGAGCUGGAGAAGAACCUGCAGCUGUCGGACUGGCACAUGGAGCCGUCGAGGAUGACGCUGCACCGGUUCGGGAACACGUCGAGCAGCUCGCUGUGGUACGAGCUCGCCUACACCGAGGCCAAGGGGCGGAUCAAGAAGGGCGACCGCACGUGGCAGAUCGCCUUCGGGUCGGGGUUCAAGUGCAACAGCGCCGUGUGGAAGGCGCUCCGGUCGGUGAACCCAGACAGCGAGAAGAGCUUCAUGAACCCGUGGAUGGACGACAUCCACAGGUUCCCCGUCCCCGUCCCCAAGGUGUCCGCCAUCUGAUUUAAGCGCACACGGUCACGGCCAUCGCCAUCGCCAUGUCCUUCUUUUGUUCAGACUUAUAGCAAAUGUCCUAGUAGAGGACUUGUGUAUCCUGUCUGCUGUUCUUACGUGAUGUGUAUAAGUGUAUUUAGCCUGGGAUAUAGCGUGCGUGCUCGAUACGAGUGUUUGGAAAGACUGUACAACAAUACCGAAGUACGGUAACACUGCAAAGCAGCUUAUACGGCCUU